GUUGGGUUUGCUGCUUUUUUACUCUCUUUUUUUUUUGUGGCAUCCAAAAGAGAAGCAACAUUUAAUUCGUUGACCAGGUUACACUGGACGUACAUAUCUCUGCGCAUACCACCACGCAUAACAUCGAUAUAAUCUCGAUACUUAAUCUUACAUGUUUUAUUUGUCUAUUUGUCUCAAGGUCACUGAAACCUCGGGUCACCCUGAAACACAGAUUUGCCUGAGCUGAGCCGGUCUGUCUAUCUCUUUCGCAAUCGACUACUGCGACCUGCGAAGAACUUGUUAUUUAUUCCCAAUCUGUAAAAGAAUAAUAGCCGUUUAGAGCUCCCGCUCUCCCAUUCAUAUCCGGUUCGCAAGCAAACACCAAAAGAGGCGAUUUCCUCAGUCCCAUCGCGACUGAGAAUAAAUAUACCUUUCAAGAUUCUGCCUGUACUUGCAGUCAUGGCUCUCGGCCACGCGCCCCUCGGCCUCCUGGGCCUGGUCUUCAUCGCCGGAUCCCUGGUGAUGCUCUUCCUGACCAUCCUGCCCGGCGUGUCGUGGGUCCCACCGCUGCGCGACACCUACUUCCUUCGCGCCGAGACCAUAGGCAUCCGCGGCGCGCGCCCCAUCACGCAGUGGACCUUUUUCUACGUGUGCGGCCUCGAGAACCUCAACUGCGGCUUUCCCCAGGCCGCCAUGGGCAUCGGGUCCGACGCCUGGGCGCCCGGUGGCCUCGGGGCCCCGCGCGAGCUCGUCGGCGAGUACGCCGGCGGCACCACCAGCCACUACUACUGGUACAUGUGGCGGUUCGGAUGGGUCUUUUUCAUCAUUGGGCUCUUCUUCGAGGUCAUUGCCUUCUUUGUCGGCUUUUUGGCCUGUCUGGGGAGGUUAGGCGCUGCCAUGGCGGGGCUCGUCGCCGGGACUGCGCUCUUCUUCAACACCCUUGCCGUGUGCUUGAUGACUGCAACCUUUGUCAAGAUGCGCAACGCCUUCCUCGCCAACCGCAUGCCUGCCCAGAUCGGCGCGCACGGCUUCGGUUUGGCCUGGGGCGCCUGGUUCGCCCUCCUCAUCGCCGUCGGUCUAUUCUUUGCCGGGGUGGCCGCCGGUGGUGGUCGCAAAAAGUCCGACCACGUCCAUUCCACAUCGCGCGGCUCUCGGCGCAACAGGAGCCGUGGUUCCAACCUUGAGAUUGGCAGCAGGAGGAGGGUAAAGGAAGAGUACAACUGAUUUAUUUGUUUAUUUAUUUUGCUUGUCU